UUCAAUCGUCUACAUCCGCGUCUCGCCUAUCGAAACCGCGACCCAAAGCCAGCCACCCAACCACCCCCAGACAACUGCCAUACUUGAACUCUUUGCUUCAGCAACGUUGAAAUCGCCCUCGAUUCCUCCACAACACAAUAAUUCCGCUACGAAAAAUGCAACGUAUUUCCAUUCUCCCAUGGGCUUACCAUCACCCGGUUCUAUGUUUUUCCCAAACGGUCCCCGAUCAGAUCAUUUCUUUGAAUGGGUUAUGUCUGCUGCUACUGGUGAGAAGACUGUCAACGAAUGCUUGGCUGGAUAUGUGGAGAGAAAGAGAAGACCGUAG